GGCACACCCGGUAACGCCUCGUUUGUCCUUUCCUUUUACCGUUGUGCUCGUUGUCUAGUGCCGGUGAGCUAAAUCCACGCCGCGAAGAUGAUGGGUCGACCGGUUCUCGUGCUUAGUCAGAACAUCAAGAGAGAGUCUGGGCGGAAGGUCCAGUUGGGAAACAUCAAUGCGGCUAAGACCAUAGCAGAUAUCAUCAGAACAUGUCUGGGACCAAGAGCUAUGAUGAAGAUGCUGCUGGAUCCUAUGGGUGGCAUCGUUAUGACCAAUGAUGGCAAUGCUAUUCUGAGAGAGAUCCAGGUCCAACAUCCAGCUGCCAAAUCCAUGAUUGAGAUUAGUCGUACUCAGGAUGAGGAAGUUGGAGAUGGGACCACUUCUGUAAUUAUUCUGGCGGGUGAGAUGCUGUCAGUGGCAGAGCAGUUUUUGGAACAGCAGAUGCAUCCUACUGUGGUGAUCAGUGCAUACAGACAGGCUCUGGAUGACAUGCUCAACAUACUCAAAGAUAUCAGUACUCCAAUAGAUGUGAAUAAUCGGGAUAUGAUGCUGUUGAUAAUAAACUCCGCCGUCAACACCAAAGCUUUAAGCCGCUGGUCCACCCUGGCCUGUAACAUCGCUCUUGAUGCCGUUCGUACUGUUGAGCUGGAUGAGAAUGGACAAGAGAUUGACAUUAAGAAUUACGCCAAAGUUGAAAAGGUGCCUGGUGGCUUCAUCGAGGACUCCUGCGUGCUUAAGGGUGUGAUGGUAAAUAAGGAUGUAACUCAUUCCCGUAUGCGACGACUCAUCAAGGACCCCAGAAUUAUUCUUUUGGACUGCUCUUUGGAGUACAAGAAGGGUGAGAGUCAGACUGAUAUUGAAAUCACUCGUGAGGAAGACUUUGCCCGCAUCCUGAAGAUGGAGGAAGAUUACGUUCAGCAGAUGUGCGAGGAGAUCAUCCGUCUUAAACCUGACCUGAUCUUCACCGAGAAGGGGAUCUCGGAUCUGGCUCAGCACUAUCUGGUGAAAGCAAACAUCACUGCGAUCCGCCGUGUCAGAAAGACAGACAACAACCGUAUUGCAAGAGCGUGUGGGGCACGUAUUGUGAGCAGGACAGACGAGCUCCGUGAAGAGGAUGUGGGUACAGGAGCUGGCCUGUUUGAAGUAAAAAAGAUUGGUGAUGAGUAUUUUACCUUUGUCACCGAGUGCAAAGACCCCAAAGCCUGUACCAUCCUCCUGAGAGGAGCCAGCAAAGAGAUUUUAGCGGAAGUGGAGCGGAAUCUACAGGAUGCCAUGCAGGUAUGUCGCAACGUCCUGUUGGACCCUCAUCUGCUGCCAGGUGGUGGCGCGGUUGAGAUGGUGGUGUCUCACCGGCUCACAGAGCGCUCACGAGCUCUGACCGGUGUAGAGCAGUGGCCGUACCGGGCUGUGGCUCACGCGCUGGAGGUUAUCCCACGUACACUCAUCCAGAACUGUGGAGCCUCAGCAAUACGUGUGCUCACAUCUCUUAGGGCCAAGCACACCCAGGAGGGCAGCACCUCAUGGGGGGUCAAUGGAGAGACAGGAACUCUGGCUGAUAUGGAGAAACUAGGGAUCUGGGAACCUCUGGCAGUUAAAGCCCAAACAUAUAAGACAGCAGUGGAGACCGCCAUCCUGUUACUGCGCAUUGAUGACAUCGUUUCUGGUCACAAGAAGAAGGGAGAUGGCCAGACAGGUGGAGCACCAACGGAGGAGUAAAGGCGCAAGAUACAGCAAAAAGGAUGAAGGAAUGAAGCAUACAUGAGGGACAGUUUUAAGAUCACCAAAGUAAUGAGUGAAAUGAAGCAAAGGAAGACCAUACAUAUACAAGCAUUUGUGUGCAGAACAGUGUUCUCAAACAGAAUGCGUUCAGAAUGUCAUUUGCUCUGUUGCUUUGUGUAUCAUUAGGCCAGAAGCUCUUCCCUCAUUUAGUUUUUUCCCCCUCUGGCAAAUUAAACAACCCUGAAUUGGAAUAAGAUGCGUUUGUGCUAGUGUCUCUGUGCUUCACUUUGCUGGUAUUGUUUCUUUGUAUUUCCUACUGGUGAUAAAUUUAAAAUCUAACAAAUAA